AUGGUCGUUUCGUGGAUUUUUAAUUCUUUAGCUUCAGAUUUACAUGAUAGCAUUGCUUAUAUUGAUUCAGCUAGAGAAAUAUGGACUGAUUUGGAGGAGAGAUUUUCACAAGGAAACGCCCCUCGUAUCCAUGAACUGAAACGUGAACUUGCAAUUACACAGCAAGGCACUAUGUCAGUUGCGACAUACUAUACCAAGGUAAAAGGAUUUUGGGAUGAGCUAAACACUUAUUCAAAUGUUCCUCACAGUACUUGUGGUGCAGCCAAGGAGUUCAUUGCUGAACGUGAGAAAGAGAAAGUUCAUCAAUUCCUAAUGGGAUUAUCUGAAAAAUUCAACAUUGUUCGAUCUCAAAUUCUAAGCACUGAUCCGCUACCUAGCCUUGCUAAGGUUUAUGCACUUGUGACUCGCGAAGAGAGACAACAAUCUCUAGCUGCAAGUCGAGCACCAACUAUUGAAGCUGCUGCUUUCAACGCUAGAAACACCAAAUCGAUGACCUUUGGAACGAAUAAAGAUCGAGUGCCAAAUAGAAAUAAGUUCUUCUGUGAGCAUUGUAAGAAAACUAACCAUACAAGAGACAGAUGUUAUGAGUUAAUUGGUUAUCCUGAAGGAUGGACAAACAAGGGAAGGUCGACAAAGGGACGUCAAAGCUCAUCAAAUUUAGCAAAUAAUGCCACCAUAAGUCAAUCUGAGUCAUCCUUUUCACUUGUCAAUGGCCUUACGAAAGAAUAA